AUGUUUUUCUGUAGUAUCUCUGGCGAACCCCCUCAGGACCCGGUCAUUUCGACAAAAUCUGGCCAAGUUUACGAGCGUCGGUUGAUUCUUAAAUACAUCACUGACAAUGGCACCGACCCGUUGACGGGGGAGAAGCUCGAGGAGUCGGACUUGUUGACUAUCAAAGCCACAGCAUAUACCGUUCCUUUUUUCUUGAAUGCUGCAAUCCGAAGAAUUCAAUUCGAACUUGCUAAUCCAUGCCUACCAGACCCCAAAACUGCGCCACCACGACCUGCCGCCGCAACUUCUACCCCGGCUUUGUUGCACAUGCUUCAAAAUGAGUGGGACGCCUUGGUAUUGGAGGUGUUUGCCUUGAAGCAACAGUACAACUCCACUCGCCAGGAACUGAGUUAUGCUCUAUAUGCACAAGAUGCCGCCAGUCGCGUCAUCGCGCGUCUCAUAAGAGAACGUGAUGCUGCCAGAGAAGCUCUGGCUAAUGUCCAGGCAACUAUGGGAAUCGCUCCAGCAAGCGGUGCGGCUGAAGACGUGGAAAUGGCUGAAGAAAAUGGUGCUCAGGAAGGUGCCCUUCCUAAAGAGAUAGUCGACCAGAUCGACGAGACCCAGCAAAAUCUCUCUGCUACCCGCAAAAAGCGCAAAGCUCCAGCCGGUUACACGAGUACCGCAGAGGUGAAGACGUUUGUUGCAACACACACCAUCCCGUCUUUGCACUCGGCCUCUCCUGCUGGCAUGACUUCUCUUGCCGUUUCCCGUCUUAACCCAUCUCAGUUCCUUACGGGUGGAAAUGACAAGAUUGUCCAACUGUACGAUAGAAGUACAGACAAGGUAUUGGCCUCCCUCAAAGGUCACACGAAGAAAGUCAACCAAGUCGCUUUCCGCGAGCACGAGGGUGAAUCGACUUUGGUUUUGUCUGCCGGUGCAGACAAAAUCGCCAAAAUUUGGGCACAUGAUAGCGCCUCUAACGAGUACAUACCAAAAGCAACCAUUCGGACGCACAAGGGAGAACUCACUGGCCUCGUUGUACAUCCCACGAACUCUAUUUUUGCGUUGUCUUCACUUGACAAGACAUAUUCACUCCAUGAACUCUCCAACUUUACUCAGGUGUACCGAUCAGCCCCUGGAGAAGAUGCUUUCACGUCCCUUGCAAUUCAUCCUGACGGUGCUCUCCUUGCACUGGGUACUGCCUCAUCCAAGAUUCAAAUAUGUGAUGUGCGCUCCGGUAACAUAGCUGCAUCCAUCACACCGCCAGAUGCAUCGCCUUUCACCGUUAAUUCACUCUCAUUCUCCGAGAAUGGUUACCAUCUCCUCGCUCCUGACAGCCCCUCGUCCGUUGCCAUCUGGGACCUGAGGAAAAUGAAAACUGCACACACCAUUCCGCUCGGGGAAGGGUUCAAGGUCAAUAAGGUGUUGUAUGAUUACAGCGCACAGUAUCUAGGAGUCGCGGGCAGCGAAGGCAUUCGUGUGUUUGCUCACAAGUCAUGGGAUGAGCUGGUACGUUUCGAAGAAGCAGGGGAUGUAUCAGAUAUUGUGUUUGGAGAGCAGGGCAAGGAGAUCUGGGCUACGAGCGGAAGGGAGGUCAGGAUCUGGGGUUUGCCUGCUUAA